GGCCUUAGUGCUCUGUGUCUGGGAGGUUCUGGGGGGUGAAGAACAGUGGCAAAGCCCAUCCCCAUGCCAUCAAGGCACCUCUGUUUGUGGCUGAUGCCCACAUGUCCUGGCCCACCCCACUGCUAUCAUUUUAUGGAACUUCUUGGUAGAGUGCAAAAGAAAAAUUGCAGCAUGGACUCAAUACCAAGGGCCAAGAGGGGAAGAGGCCUGGGGAGGGCAGAGGAACCACCUUGGGCACAGCCAGCCCGUGAGCAGGGUGUAAUGGCACCUGGUGGGGGAAACACCCCAUGAGUAACGGGGCUCUUAGGUGCCACAGAGUCUUGGAGGGCUGUGGGGACCUUGACUCUGGGCUGUCCCUGCCCUUAUAUGGUGAGCAAAGGCUGGGACAUGAGAGAACAAAGGUCUCCUGGGUGCUGGCACCUGAGCACUCCGCCUAGGUACGCUCACCUGUGCACCCAGCUCUGCAGGGAAGGUCCCCUUGCCGUGGUGGUACCUGUCACCAUGGUGGAGCUCAGCGCCAAAGUCUCCAGGACACUGAACAAGACCACGCCGGGCAUCCAGAUAUGGCGAAUUGAGAACAUGGAGAUGGUGCCAGUGCCCACCAAAAACUACGGCAACUUCUACGAGGGGGAUUGCUACGUCCUGCUGUCGAUACGCAAGUCUGGGAGCAGCUUCAGCUAUGACAUCCACUACUGGCUGGGCAAGGAGUCAAGCCAGGAUGAGCAGGGGGCGGCUGCAAUCUACACCACCCAGAUGGAUGAUCACCUGGACUCAAAGGCCGUGCAGCACCGCGAGGUCCAGGGACACGAGAGUGAGACCUUCCGCAGCUACUUCAAGCAGGGAAUCAUCUACAAGAAGGGUGGGGUGGCCUCAGGCAUGAAGCAUGUGGAGACAAACACCUACAACAUCCAGCGACUGCUGCAUGUGAAGGGCAAGAAGAAUGUGGCUGCAGGAGAGGUGGAGAUGAGCUGGAAGAGCUUCAACAGAGGAGAUGUGUUCCUGCUGGACCUGGGUCAGCUCAUCAUCCAGUGGAAUGGCCCUGAGAGCAGCCGAAAAGAGAGGCUGGGGGCAAUGAACCUGGCCAAGGAUAUCCGGGACCGGGAACGUGGGGGCCGUGCCAAGGUGGGCGUAGUGGACGGUGAGGAUGAGGACGCCUCACCAGAACUCAUGAAAGUCCUUAAGCAUGUGCUGGGUGAGAAGAGGGACAUCCAGCCGGCCAUCCCUGAUGACAAAGUGGACCAGAUACUCAAGUCCUCCCUCAAGCUCUACCACGUCUCCAAUGCCAGUGGGAACCUGGUCAUACAGGAGGUGGCAGUUCGACCCCUAACUCAAGACAUGCUCCUGCACGAGGACUGCUACAUCCUUGAUCAAGGAGGUACCAGGAUUUUCGUCUGGAAGGGCAAGGAUGCCAACAAGGAGGAGAAGCAGCAGGCGAUGAGCAGGGCGCUGGGCUUCAUCAAAGCCAAGAACUAUCCAGAGAGCACCAGUGUGGAAACAGAGAAUGAUGGGUCCGAGUCAGCUGUCUUCAGGCAGCUCUUCCAAAAAUGGACUCUCCCCAACCAGAGCAGUGGGUUGGGCAAGACCCACACCGUGGGCAAAGUGGCCAAGGUGGAGCAGGUGAAGUUUGACGCUACCACACUGCAUGCCAAGCCCCAGAUGGCUGCCCAGCAGAAGAUGGUAGAUGAUGGAUCUGGAGAAGUGGAGGUCUGGCGUGUGGAGAACAAUGAGCUGGUGCCUGUGGAGAAGAAGUGGCUGGGCCAUUUCUAUGGUGGGGAUUGCUACUUGGUGCUCUACACCUAUUUUGUGGGGCCCAAGGUGAACCGCAUCAUCUACAUCUGGCAGGGUCGCCAAGCCAGCACAGAUGAGCUGGCCGCCUCUGCCUACCAUGCCGUCGCUCUGGACCAGAAGUACAACAACGAGCCUGUGCAGAUCCGUGUCACCAUGGGCAAGGAGCCGGCCCAUCUGAUGGCCAUCUUCAGGGGCAAGAUGGUGGUGUAUGCGGGUGGCACGUCUCGGACAGGCAGCACGGAGCCCACACCCUCCACACGCCUCUUCCAAGUGCAUGGCACCAACGAGUACAACACCAAGGCCUUCGAGGUGCCUGUCCGUGCCUCCUCCCUCAACUCCAAUGAUGUCUUUGUGCUCAAAACCCCCAGCUGCUGCUAUCUCUGGUAUGGGAAGGGCUGCAGCGGGGAUGAACGCGAGAUGGCCAAGACUGUGGCCGACAUAAUCUCCAAAAUGGAGAAGCCAGUGAUUGCAGAAGGACAGGAGCCCCCUGAGUUCUGGCUGGCCCUGGGGGGCAAGUCCCAAUAUGCCAGCAGCAAGAGGCUGCAGGAGGAGAACCCCUCUGUGUCCCCCCGACUCUUUGAGUGCUCCAACAAGACAGGCACCUUCUUGGCCACAGAGAUCUUAGACUUCACUCAGGAUGACCUGGAGGAGAGUGAUGUUUACCUACUAGACACCUGGGACCAGGUUUUCUUCUGGAUUGGGAAUGGCGCCAAUGAGUCAGAGAAGGAGGCGGCAGCAGUGAUGGCACAGGAGUACCUGCGGAGCCACCCCAGUGGGCGUGACCUUGACACCCCCAUCAUUGUGGUGAAGCAGGGUUAUGAGCCCCCCACCUUCACUGGCUGGUUCCUGGCCUGGGACCCUCUCAACUGGGACGACAAGAAAUCCUACGAGACACUGAGAGCUGAGCUGGGCGAUGACAGCAGUUUUGAGCAGCUCACCUCAGUGAUCACAUCCAGGCAAGAGGUCUUCACUGCCACCACCACCCUUGUCCCCACUAAACUGGAGACCUUUCCCUUGGAUGUGCUGGUGAACACCUCAGCCGAUGACCUGCCUCGGGGCGUGGAUCCCAGCAGGAAGGAGGAUCACCUCUCUGAUGAGGACUUCCAGGCUGUUUUUGGCAUGAAACGCUCUGCCUUUAGCAACCUGCCUUUGUGGAAACAACAGAAGCUCAAGAAGGACAAAGGACUCUUCUAGGACAGGAGCCUGGGCACAGGGAAAAUCCCAGCUCUUUAGUAAAUAAAACUGAGUUUGGAAAAUA